CUUCCUCAAUUUUUCUUCUUCAACUUUUAUAUCUACGACACUUCUAAAUUCUGUGAUUUUCUCAUCAGAUAUUAUUAUAACAGAUAAAAUGAUGCGGCAAUUAAACCAAGAUUCCUCUGAAGAAGAGAAUGGUACUCAAAGCAGCACACAUCCAAAUCUACCAUUUUUCAGCUUUAAAAUGAUAAUGACAGCGACAAGAAAUUGUGGUCAUGAGAAUAAGCUUGGACAAGGUGGAUUUGGCUCUGUCUACAAGGGUUGCUUGGUUAAUGGACAAGAGAUAGCAGUGAAGAGAUUAUCCAAACACUCAGGUCAAGGCAAAGAAGAAUUUAAAAAUGAAGUUGCACUUUUAGUUAAACUCCAACACAGAAAUCUAGUGAGAUUGCUUGGUUGUUGCUUUGAAAAAGAAGAAAGGAUGCUAGUUUAUGAAUACCUACCAAACAAAAGCCUAGACUUCUUUAUUUUUGAUCAAAACCAAAGGUCAUCCUUGGAUUGGGGUAUACGUUUUGAAAUUAUUUGUGGGAUUGCUCGAGGUGUUUUAUAUCUUCAUCAAGAUUCAAGGCUGAAAAUAAUUCAUAGAGAUCUAAAAGCCAGCAACAUUCUCUUUGAUGCUCCAAUGAAUCCCAAAAUUAUGGCUAGAAUAUUUGGAGAAGAUGAAAUCCAAGCAAUAACACAAAAAGUGGUUGAUACAUUUGGAUAUAUGGCACCAGAAUAUGCAAUGGAAGGACGGUAUUCAACGAAAACUGAUGUCUUCAGUUAUGGGGUCUUAAUAAUGGAGAUUAUUGCUGGCAAAAGAAACACACAUUGUGGAACAGGAAGAGCUUCUCCAAACUUAAUCGGACAUGUGUGGACACUAUGGACAGAAGGAAAGGCCAUGGAUAUAGUUGAUCCGGUACUAAACCAGUCUUAUCCUUCUGUUAUGGUUCUGAGAUGCAUUAAAAUUGAACUUUUGUGUGUGCAAGAAAACGCCAUGAAUAGACCAUCAAUGUUAGAAGUUGUUUUCAUGCUAUGCAAUGAAUCACCUCUUUGCCAACCUCAAAAACCAGCAUUUUUAUUCAAUGGCAACCAAGAUUUGCAAGAUUCAUCAACAUCAGGAGGAGGAUCUUCAAUAAAUGAAAUAACAGAAACUACCAUCAGUGCUCGCUAAAAGCUACUACCUCAAUCAAUUAUGUAAAUUUUAUGUUCAUACUUUUCCAUCAGAAUUGAGUUUGUAGUCGUUUCAAUAGGCUGAGAGACAAGUAUGUGUAUUCACUUCGUGGUAUUGUUAAAUGAAUAUGUGAUUAAGUGUCUAUUUCA